CGUCUCUUGCUCCUCCUGCUCCUCCAACCCGAUCCAGAAAGAUCCCGCGAUUCGUUCGCGGUGACGCGAUCGGAGUGUGCGCGCCGAAAGAGAAACGCGAGAAUGGGCCGCGGCGGCGAGUCGCGAGCGAGAAUACAUACAACAUCGCACACACAUUAAUACACACAUACAUAUGCGUGUGUAACGUGCGUGCGUAAUGCGUGCAUGCGUACGGCUACGGGACGGAACGAAACGGAACGGAACGAAGAAGAGACCGUGGCCACCCGCGGGGGUCGAGAGGCGAGAAAGCGGAGAAAAGACACACAUACACAUACGCACGCACACGCUGUCAUGGCGUUAACGUUAACAACGCGUGUCGAGCGUACUACGUGCCGUCGGCGACGCUGCCGCGAACCGAGGUGCCGGUAAUAUACCGCCGUUUAUUUCCGCCGCGGAACAGUCCCCGGAUAACGUAACGCGAGAACGACGGCGAUCAGAUCAGUCCAUCCGAACGGGGGAGAGAAAGAGUGAGUGAAUAAAGGAAGGGGAAAAGGAGAGGGAGAGAGAGAGAGAAACAGAAAGAGAGUGAGCAGCGCGAGCGUUGUCAGCCGCUCGGCUUCAAUCAGCUUCGAUUCUGCUUCGAGCGCUGAGUCUGUCGUCGUAUUCCCUCGGUCUCUUUCAUCUACAGAAAAGGAAUGUCUAUCUGAGUGGACUACAGAUAAGGAAAUCCGCGGUGGACAAUGCAACAAUCCGGAGGCCAGUGUCUUUAGUGAUAGCUGUACAGUUACGGAACCUGCGAAAGAGUGUAUGGUGUGCAUUCCUUAUUUGCGUCAUCUGCCACCGCGAUUGUGUGGACAGUUUCUCCCCAAAGGCUAUAUCAUUACUUUCUGGAUUUUCACUGUUGUGUGUUCUGUGAAAUCCCAUCAGACUGGUGAUGGUGAUAUGUCAUCAUAAAAUGAUCCACAUCCGAUCAAGAACCAGCACCGAGCUUCGUGGUGGAGAAAUAGGACAUGCUCGAUGAAAAACAUGCCUAAGUAGAGGAACACAUGUUCUGGGAAUUGAUGGGUAUAUGCUUUUCCUGCAGGAGACCCACCAGCGGCAGGUUGAAUAGUAAAAUCUCUGAACAUAUCUCGGCCUCCGUAACUCCUCUCCAUGUUUGUCUGGAGGAACAAAGAAGACCAGAACUGGGCUCAUGUGACGCCUCACAAGCUCACAAGCCUCAGGUUAAAAGAACCUUUGAGAAUCAAAAGGCAGAAGAAGAGAUUCCCGAGGAGGUGGCGGAAAGUGAUUCGAUCGAAGUCGAAGCAGGAGAUUUAAGACAAAGCCAUCUGAGUAUGGCCAAUACUAUCAGCAACAUGAAGGUGACUAAUACCAUAAAGGGACUGGUUAGCAAACGCCGCAAACGUUUCACAGAAGAUGGUUUUAAUCUUGAUCUCACAUAUAUAAAACCGAAUUUAAUAGCGAUGGGUUUUCCUGCUGAGAAACUGGAAGGAGUGUAUAGAAAUCAUAUUGAUGACGUUGUUAAACUACUGGAAUCGAAGCAUAAAGACCAUUAUAAAAUUUAUAAUCUGUGUUCUGAGAGAUCGUAUGAUUUUAAAAAGUUCAAGCAGAGAGUAGCUACUUACGCAUUCGAUGAUCACAAUCCACCAAAGCUGGAGCAGAUUAAGCCUUUCUGCGAGGACGUGCAGUCGUGGUUAUCCCAAGAUAAGGACAAUGUGGCCGCAGUUCAUUGCAAGGCGGGCAAAGGUCGGACGGGUGUAAUGGUGUGCUGCUAUUUACUUCACAGCAAACAGUUUCCCACUGCCACGGAAGCCCUUAAUUAUUAUGGAACUAAACGAACUCACGAUAGGAAAGGCGUAACGAUACCAUCGCAGAGAAGGUAUGUGGAUUAUUAUGCUACCCUCCUCAAAGAAGGUAUCAGUUAUGAACCAGUGACAUUAUUACUGCGUAAAAUACAACUGGAUCCGGCUCCUAUUUUCAAUGGAGGUCAAGGCUGUCUGCGUUUUGUAAUCUCAGAAUCAAAUAAAAGGAUAUUUUCUGAUGAUUAUGAGGUUCGGAAAGGUACAUCUUCUAUAUGCAUCUCACUGCAACACACUGUCGCUCUAACGGGAGAUAUACGGGUGGAGUUCUAUAAUUAUAAGCCAAAAAUGAAACGGAAGGAAAAGAUUUUUCAUUUUUGGUUUAACACAUUUUUCGUCCGUGAGAAAACAAAUUCCGAAUGCGACAAUGGCGAUUUACAUGUUGAAAGAUCGACGAGGGCAUUUAGCUGUGAUGGCACAACCAUGGAAUUGCCGAUGGUUAUGUCGCAUGUGAAAGCUAGAACUGGAUCAUUGGCGAGUCUCGGUCCUAUGCCGCCCACUCUCGUUUUACGGAUAGAUAAGUCAGGAUUGGACAAAGUACACAAGGAUAAAAAUCACAAACUAUACAGUCCGGAUUUUAAAGUGAGUCUAUUUAUGCAUAGCGUGGGCGGGAACAUAUCGCCAGCUGUGCCAGUGACGAACAGAGGUGGCGAUGGUGUUCAGCUGGGGAUGGGUGGUCAGGAGACACCGAGUGAGUCGAGCGAGGCGGACAGCAGCGAGUGUGACACUACCGGUGACGAGGACGGUUGGGAAUCCGGGGAGUCGACAUAUUUGUGACUGUUGAGACUUGACUGAUGAUGGCGGGGCCGAUCGGGGCUAAACCCUGUGACGAUCAACCUCUGACCGCUGAAAACCUCGCACCGCUUGAUUACCGAAUCGAUUGUGUGUGCGAAUAGAUGAAACGACCACCAUCGCCAUCCCGUGCCUGCCACACCACGCAUGCAUACACACCCUGCCCGCCAUCCCCCCGCCCCACAAAAAACUCUUCUUGGUACACACACGCUGAUGCUUCACGAAAGAAAACAGUUACGUUAUCAUUUAGAGUUAAUUAAUUUACCGUAUUCAUGAUUUACCGUGAUCAAUACACGGCUUUUAUAUGAAAGAAAUAAAGCGCCAGUUUUGUUUUUUAAUCCCGGUUAUCGCCGGAAAUUUCCCUCGGGAGACAUUUAUAUAAAUCACGACGACUUAUUAGAUAGCAAAUAAAUGAUUUUUGUAUAAACGCAAAUGUAUUUUUAUGUAUUAAUGUAUCAUUUAAGUUGCGACAAGGUAUUAUUCGAAUUGAAGUCGAACUUCAGGCCCAGUGGUCGCUGCGUCAAUACAUUAAUCCUUGUCUUGGCUGCGCCAAAUAGAUAGAGAUGCUUUUACGAAAAUUAUAGAAAUUAUCCUUUUGAAAACGUUUUACCGUGAAGUAAUUGAGAUGAAGUAAUAAAAUGAAGAUUGCGGAAACAAUUUUAAUGGAAGAAGCUUUUAGGAGCGUGUUUCGUAUUUACUACACGGAGAGGCGCUUGGUUUCUUCUGUGCAAAAGCUGUUCAUAUUAGUGCUAGCUAGAGAUCUUAUUUAAAGAAUAGACGAAUAUUCGGCAAACAUUUUCGUUUCAGUCUCGCGCAUCGUAUGCGUUUUGCUGUCGGAAAUGGAUUCGUAUAACAAGUCGAGUGAGAGUCCUGAGUAUGAAGUAUUUCCCCGAGUACUCGAAUACAAAUAAUCCCUAAAAUACGCGCUGUCGCGUAUAACGCGCAUAAAUGAAUGUAAAUUGAGUUUCUCCUUUUUUUUUUUUAUUUAUUUAUUCAUUCAUUCUCCGAGGAGAGCAAUAACGAUAUUUGCGUUUUGCGCGCGCGAAUAAUUUAUUAUUUAUUAUUAUCUUUCUCCGAUGUGUUUUAUUCGUAUAUAAUAUACGUACUACGCAAGCGCUUCUUUUCUUUUCUGGUGUCUCUUCGACGUGAUGGGCGAUUCAUUUCGACGACGUAGAUAUCUGA